AUGGGAGUGUCGAUUGCCCUGCUGCUCAUCUCCUCAAUCAUACUUCAGGUGAUCAGCUUUAUCUGGUAUUCAGAACCUGACAAGAACCUGGAAACCACAGUAGAGACAUUUGUGAACAACAACGGCUUCAUUGGAAUGCUGCACAUCCUACAGCUGGGUAUUCUUCUCAGGUUGGCAGGUGUGGCGGAGAUCAACAUCCGAAACAUUCGACAGAAAGAACGUUUUCAAAAGGGAGAAGUUGUGUUCCAGAACCACGAGAUCAGCAUGUUGAAUCUGUUUAAGAAGUGCAUGGGAAGUGCCCCCCAGGUUAUUCUCAAGAUUGUCAGGACUGUGCAGGAGCAAGAUCCAGAGCCUUUUACAGUUUUUAAAAUUGCUGCUUCACUCGCCUUCAUCUCCUUCAGUGUGUUGUUCAAUCAAGACGUGUGUAGAAUCACCCUUAAAGAGCGCAAAAAAAAGAUCCCGUCUGCUGUUUUCUUCCUGUGGAACCUGUUUGUGAUUCCUCUGCGGGUGGUUGCGGUGGCCCUCUUUGCCUCUGUCCUGCCUUUCUACAACCUUGUUCACUUCUUUUUUGUGUGGUUCCUACUGUUUCUUUGGGCCUGGAGGCAGAAGAUGGAUUUAAUGGAGGAUAAAAGAGGUGAAGUUCUGUACCGGAUAAUUCUAGGAGUCAUCUGGUAUUUUAACUGUUUUUGUGGGACAAACGGAGUGACCAAAGUCAAGAGAAACAUUUAUGAUGUGUUCAUGUUGCUUGAUACAAUGCUGCUCCUGGGCUUGUGGUUUUGGAGGAGAUCUGUGGAAUCAGCUCGGUUGAAUCCACUGAUCGUAAAUCCCUUGGUACUGCUCGGAGUACUGGCUGCGCUGUACUUUACCGGAUUCCUGCUGAAGCAGCUUUACUACUGGAAGUUUCAUCCCAAGUGCCCGUGUUUUAGAUUUGAAGUUGAAGAUCAAACGCCACAAGCACCUCUACAGAGAAGUCCUGCGACAAUGGUGGAUUCAGUAGAACCUGAGAGUGUAACACCGGAAACUAUAACAGAACUCCAGCCCAGAGUCACCAGUGCCGAGAAGAGGAUGAGAAAAAUGGCUUUAAAUUUUUAUGGUUAAUUUAGAUGUUAGACCAUAAUAUAAGCACUUUGUCUUUCGGAAAUUUAUCCUGACUGUCAAUAUUUAAAUAUUCUUAGGCUUAUUGAUACUUUAUUCUGAAAUGGGGUUGUAUGUACUUUAAUGUACUGUCUAUAAAGUGGACACAAACAUUUAAACAACUGUAAAAGAUGUAAAAUGUAAUAAAGAAAAAUGUCAUUUUUUUGUAAGGAAAAUGCCCUAUGCCCUAAAAGCUGGUUUUGGCUAAAAUAUCCUCAAUUAGAUUAUGUCUAUAACCAUCUACUACUCUCUGAUAUCGACUGGGAAAAAGUUUUAUCAUGACUUCACUGGUUUGUUCAUUAUAGAGGGCUAAUAGAGUAUUACAUU